CAUUGAAAACCUUCUCACCAAGUCACCGGCGGUACGCAUAUAGAGUUGAGUAAUCGUACGCACGUUUGGAGUGACGUCAAAACGGUCCGCAACUCGGCUCGGCUCGGUUUGCUCGACUUGACUUGACUCGACUCAACGGCUAUUCAUCCAUCCAGGCACCCCUCUAUCUCGACUUCAAUCCACUCCUUCCCAUUCCACCACCGUAUCACAACCACCAGCAGCAGCACCACCAGCACAACCGCCAUCCAUAAUGGCCCCCAAGAUCGUCACCCUGAUCCGCCACGGCCAAGCAGAACACAACGUAAACGAGCGCUACCACAUCCGGGACCCAUACCUGACUCCGCUAGGGGAGACACAAUGCCUCACCCUGCCGGACCGCUUCCCCCCCUCCCCCCCAGUAUCCCUCCUCGUCAGCUCUCCCCUCAAGCGCACAAUCCAAACGACCCUCCUCGGAUUCCCCACGCAGAUCCACUCCGGCGUGCCGGUGCUUUUGCUGCCACAGCUACAAGAGACCUCCUCUCUCCCCUGCGACACAGGCAGCGACGUGCCCAUCCUGCGGGCAGAUCCAAUGCUGAAGCGGACGGCGCACGGAUCCCGCGCCGUCCUCGACUUUUCGGCGUGUGAAGCUGCCGCAUCGGAGUGGACGAGCAAGAAGGGGUUUUGGGGGCCGGAUCCGGCCGCGCUGACGGAGCGUGCGCGGUGGGUGAGGAAGUGGCUCAGGGAAAGGCCCGAGGAAAAUGUUGUCUGCGUGCUCCAUGGUGGGUUUCUGCACUAUCUCACCGAGGAUUGGAAGGGCACGGGGGAUUUUCCGGGAACGGGCUGGUCGAAUACUGAGUGUAGAACUUAUGUGUGGGUGGGCGAUACGGAUUCGCUACAGGAGACUGAGGAGAGUAAGAAGCAUCGUACUCAUGGAAAGCCGCUGGGCAAGACGGAGUUGAAUCAGUUCUUGAGUAGUCAUACCUGA